AUGCUCGCCAGAACCCUCGUCGGCGGCGUCCGGACCCGCCUCGCGCCGUCCCUCGCGAGCCUCCUCCGCCGCCGCGGCUACGCGUCCCCCGCCUCCUCCUCCGCCGCGGCCGCCGACGACCUUGUCAUCGACGAGGACCCGCCGCGCGCCGCCUCGACGCCCGCCGCCACCACCGUGGCGGCCACCGUGCCGACCGUCCUGCAGCCGCGCGUGCUCAUCUACGACGGCGUCUGCCACCUCUGCCACCGCGGGGUGAAGUGGGUGAUCAGGGCGGACAAGCACGCCAAGAUCAGGUUCUGCUGCCUGCAGUCCAAGGCUGCCGAGCCAUACCUCAGGCUGGUGGGCAUGGACAGGGAGGACGUGCUGCGGCGUGUUCUCUUUGUCGAGGGCCCCGAGGCCUACUACGAGGGCUCUACGGCUGCACUGAAAGUUGCAUCGUACCUGCCUCUUCCCUACUCAGUCCUAAGCUCCUUGCUGAUCGUCCCCACCCCGCUGCGGGAUGCAGUCUAUGAUUACAUCGCAAAGAACCGCUAUGACUGGUUUGGCAAAGAUGACGAGUGCAUUGUCACCAAGGACAAGGAGAUUCUGGAGCGCUUCAUUGACCGGGAGGAAAUGCUUGGUGGUGGUCCCAGCAAUAGCUUCUUUUGA